CUUUUCGAGCGUCUGAAUUCCAGUGAAGCUGCGUGGAUUCGGUUUUGCAAGAUUUGGAUUGCUUUUGCGUUUUGCCGUUUGAUUACUCGGAGAAUGUAGGAAACCGCACAUGGCGGAUAGUUCUAGAAAGGAAAUGGCUCCUUUUAGGGAACUCUUGUGUUUUGCGAGCGUUUUUAGGAUGUAAACGCCGUGCAAUCCUGUAAUAUGGAGAGCCCAGGUCCAAACCACCCUCCUGAAGUAGAUUCGUUGUCAGAUGGCUUUGUUGAGAGCUCUGCUGAAACUCAAACACCUUCGACUCAAAUUUGUGAACAAGCAAAGCCAUUAGAUUGCAAAGACAAAACUCUACAAGAAUCUGAUUCUUCCAAUGAGCAAAGCCGUGACAUUGUGGAAGAUUUUCAAACUGAGCAGGGCAAUACAGAGAAGACUCAAAAGUUGGAAACUUUUCCUGUUGCUUUAUCUGAAACAGAGAAUUGUUGUACUUCGGAAAGUGUGGAAAAGGUGGCUGACAAGGGCUGUACGGAACAAGCAGAAACUGCCGUUCUUAAUGUGGAAGAAACUUUUACCGAAUCUUCAGUUGAUGAGUCUGGAUGCAGCAUAAGAGGACAAGCUCAAGAGGAAUCUCAAAGUUCAGAGAAGGUCACUGAUGGACAUAUAGAAGCAUCAACGGCACAUGAGAGGGAAAUAUCUUCGGCAGAGGUUGUUCAAACUGUGAAAAGCAUAAAAUUCGAAAGUACUGAAGUCAAACGCAAGAAUCCAAAGCGUACAUUUAAGUCAGAAAAGGAGUUUCUUGAAUUUACGUUAAAGUAUCAGCAAGUUACUGCAGAAAGAGAUGCAGCUAUUGUUGUUCGAGACAAGCUCGAGUCGCUAUGCAGGGAGUUGCAACGUCAAAACAAAAUGCUGAUGGAUGAAUGCAAACGGGUCUCAACUGAGGGACAAAGCCUGAGAACAGAAUUAUCAGUUAGGUUUCAAGAUGCAAUCAAGGAUGUUAGCAAUAAGCUAGAAGAGCAAAAGGAUGAAUGCCUCGCACAGCUGAAAGAGAAUGAGACCUUAAGGAAUAAACUGAAGCAGCUUAUCGAUCAGUUUGCUCUUUCCGAACAACAAUUUUCUAAGAAGUUGAAGCAGAAAACACUAGAACUUCAGAUUGCUGAUCUGAAAACUAAGCAAUGUGAGGAGAAAUUGAACCAGGAACAAUCCCAAAUUAAAUCAUAUGCAGAGCAAAUUUCACAAUUAUUGUCAACAGAAAAGAAUCUGCGUUUACAACUAACAGCUGAUGGAGAAAAAUUCCAACAAUUCCAAGACGCAUUAUUAAAAAGCAACGAGGUAUUUGAAACCUUCAAACAAGAAAUUGAUAAGAUGACGAAAUCAAUCAAGGAACUGAAGAAGGAAAAUUCAUUCUUGAAGAGCAAAUGUGAGAAAUCAGAUGUUACUCUUAUUGAGCUUCUUGAUGAGCGAGAACGCUUGAAGAAACAGCUGGAGAAAACAAAGAAUCAGAAAGAAAAGCUCGAAUCCUUGUGCCGAUCGCUUCAGGCAGAAAGGAAACAAAGUUCCAUGGGCAUGGGAAGCAACAGCUCAGAUUCAGCUUCAGUGUGAAUUCUAAUUCAUUCUGUUAAAUAUGAAAUGCUUGGGAGGAUUUCAAUACACUAACAACUCUUAUAAUGCAAUAGGAUUGUCUUCAAGCUGUGGAAAUAUUUAUAUUUUGAUCUUAAGAUUUCCAUAUCAAUUGCUGCCAGCUUUUCUAGGAUUGAAAUUUAUUUUUGUUAUAGGAAAGAAAAAAAAACUUGGUUCCUAUGAACAGAGUUAUGAACCUAUAUUGAGUUGAAGCAGAGGAAAGGAAGUUGAAAGUAACAGUUAUGAGAAUGUCUUAACACUGUUACAUUUGUAAAUUGUAGUUUGAAGUUUGAUA